UGAGUUCAGUGUUCGAUUAAAUAUUCAUUUAAACAUCCCUUGCAAUAAAUCAAACACACUGCAACAGCAGGUGCUCGCAGAAAAAAAUCUGACAGGUAAAACAUGACAAUCAGUAUUAUGUUGUAGUAACCAUACAGUAAGUGAUGUACAAGGUAUCAAGUCGUAGAUCUGCUUUGAGGAUAUGAAGGUACAUUCGAUAUGAUGUUGGCAUUUUGAUGAAUGCUGCAGUGUCCACAGCAUUCUCUCGUGUAUGCGUAACUGGAUCGAGCUGGAGAGGAAACUAUUGCUGAAAAUUGAUAACAUCAAUGGCUGGAAUUUAAAAACAGUUUUAAAUAACUUUUUUUUGAAUCCUUUAAAUGAUUAAAAACUGUUCCUUCUUGUUUUUAAAAGUUUGAAAGAGAAUUUAAAAAAAAAAUCAUUGCUGCUUUUUAUCUAUACACCAAAUGAAGGUCGGAAUGUCCUCCCAUCACUCACAUGCAGUUGUACGUCACUGCGAGCACACCCAGGUCAAAAUACACACCGUUGCUGAAUUACUCCUCCUUUCGGGACAGUUCCGUCCAAUCAAAACAGAGAAUACAAAUGGAGUCGAAAUCUCUCUGGCGUCUGCGAAAGAGCAAAUCAAUUCUUCGUUAAGUAUUGUUACAGAAAUCGUAACAGACGUUACUAAAAUGAUGAGUGACCUAAAAUCACGAUGGAAGGUCAUGUGUGAUAUGUUGUAUCGACUUUCAGAUGCAGUGACGGUCCUCAUAGAACUAUGCUACUUUGUGACUUUUCAGUAUAUAGGUGCGGGAAAAGCUGGAAGUAGUGAAAAUGUCUUGGUUGAUAAAUACGCAGCAUCUUAUGCGGGUUUAGAGAUUAAGUUAAGUUGCGUGCAGUUGAAAAGGGCUCGACUGGACGAACUGAACGCCACUUUCAUCAUGGAUAUAUGUUCUAAUAUAUCUAAAUACAUAUCAGUAUUGACAGACAAUUGUCGAGCAGCCAGUGAGGGUGCUCCUGACGCUGCCACACGGGAUCAGUUCAAACUAGGAAUCAAAAGUGUUACAUGUGCUGCCGGAAGUCUGAUAGCCAGUAUCAAGUCGUACAAGAGUGACAGGUCAGCAAGACAUCAUGCAAGGGUCGUUACUUUCUGUGAACCAGUUCUUGCAGCAAGCCAUGCUUUAGUUUGUUUGGCGACAGAGGAAGAAUUUGUGGACAGAGGGCGAGAUCUGACUGCAAAUGAACAAGACAUACAGAAAUCUGUAUUUGGUCCCUGUAUGAACAUAGUAUCUGGUUGUGUUCAGAUUUGCAAGACGCUUCGAGACUUUGCACACGACUCGAACAACGCUCAUUACCUACACAAGGCUAAAUCUUGCCAACACUCUGUCGGUAAAUCCACAAACCAGCUUAAACACGCUCUUCAAAACCAUCUCGAAAUAGAUUUUCAUGUAAGGAGUGCUAGUCCUUUUAGGGGAGAUACUAGAUAUACAAGUUCCGCUGAUGAAUCUGAAUCCCUGCAUGAACUCCACCGAGAAUCGUCUCCAUUUGAAAGAAAAUCUCCUCAGCCAACAGAAAGCCAUAGAGAGUUGUCUCCCUUCAACAGAACUUCUCCACAGGAAAUACCAGGAGAUUUAUCUCCUUUUAGAAGCUCUCCACAGCCGUUAGAGAAUUAUGGGAAUAAUGGUCUGCAUCAUGGGAGAAAUGACCUUUCCCCAAGGUCAACUGUAGCAUCUUCUGAUAUAUCAUUUACAAAUAGCACUGUAUCUAGAUAAAUUAUACAGUCACUUAGCACAGUAGCACAACAAAUUUUAGUUGUUUUUAGCUCAUCUGAUUUUUUGAAAAAAAAUGAUGAGUUAUUGUCAUCACUUGAGCAGUUGUCGGCGUCGGCGUUGCCUGGUUAAGUUUUAUGUUUAGGUCAGCUUUUCUCCUAAACUAUCAAAGCUAUUGCUUUGAAACUUGGAAUACUUGUUCACCAUCAUAAGCUGACCCUGUAUAGCAAGAAACAUAACUCCAUCUUGCUUUUUGCAAGAUUUAUGGCCCCUUUUGUACUUAGAAAAUAUCAGAUUUCUUGGUUAAGUUUUAUGUUUAGGUCAACUUUUCUUCUAAACUAUCAAAGCUAUUGCUUUGAAACUUGGAAUACUUGUUCACCAUCAUAAGCAGACCCUGUACAUCAAGAAACAUAACUCCAUCUUGCUUUUUGCAAGAAUUAUUGCCCCUUUUGGACUUAGAAAAGCAGUUUUCUUGGUUAAGUUUUACGUUUAGGUCAGCUUUUAUCCUAAACUAUCAAAGCUAUUCCUUUAAAACUUGCAACACUUGUUCACCAUCAUAAGCUGACCCUGUACAGCAAGAAACAUAACUCCAUCCUGCUUUUUGCAAGAUUUAUGGCCCCUUUUGGACUUAGAAAAUUUCAGAUUUCUUGGUUAAGUUUUAUGUUUAGGUCAACUUUUUCUCUUAAACUAUCGAAGCUAUUGCUUUAAAACUUGCAACUCUUGUUCACCAUCAUAAGCUGACCCUGUACAGCAAGCAACAUAACUCCAUCCUGCUUUUUGCAAUAAUUAUUGCCCUUUUUGGACUUAGAAAAAUCAUUUUCUUGGUUGAAUAUUAUGUUUAAGUCAACUUUUCUCAUAAACUAUCAAAGCUAUUGCUUUAAAACUUGCAACAGUUUUUCACCAUCAUAAGUGGACACUGUACAUCAAGAAACAUAACUCUAUCCUGCUUUUUGCAAGAGUGAUGGCCCUUUUUAGACUUAGAAAAUCAUGGGUAGGACAAUAUUUCUAUUAUACAAAAAAAAUCAGAUGAGCGUCAGCACCGGCAAGGCGGUGCUCUUGUUCUAUUUCUUAUUCUUAAAGACUGUUUCUUGUCCAAAAUGAGAGUUUAAACUUGAGGUUCUGCGUGUUCAAAUAAAAUGUGUUUUUUUUUUCUACAAUGUAGAAUUAUACCCUGCUUUUUUCAAAGCAUUAAAUGAGCCGUGCCAUGAGAAAACCAACAUAGUGGGUUUGCGACCAGCAUGGAUCCAGAUCAGCCUGCGCAUCCGCGCAGUCUGGUCAGGAUCCAUGCUGUUCGCUAACAGUUUCUCUACUUCCAAUAUACUUUGAAAGCGAACAGCAUGGAUCCUGACCAGACUGCG